CGAAGAAAACUGACUUUUAAACCACUCAAUAAUAUGAAUAUUUGAUUAGUAAUCUAUAUUAUAUGAAUAUCUCUAUAUUAUAGUAUAAUAUAUUGUACUACUACACUUGAGUUGGUAAAGCAUUAAAUUAAAUUAAAGGGGGAGAAUUCUUCCACACUGCAUCCUUGAUCUUGAGAAGAAAAUGAAUCAGGAAAUGAAUGGUGUGGAAGCUGAAAGGCCACUAGAGAAAAUAGAUUAUGUGUUUAAGGUGGUUGUGAUUGGUGACUCGGCAGUAGGAAAGACUCAAAUGCUGUCAAGGUUUGCAAAGAAUGAGUUCUGCUUUGACUCAAAAUCAACCAUUGGAGUUGAAUUUCAGACUAGAACUGUCACAAUUAAUGGUAAACUCAUCAAAGCUCAGAUCUGGGAUACUGCUGGCCAAGAAAGGUACAGAGCGGUUACAAGUGCAUACUACAGAGGAGCAUUAGGGGCCAUGCUGGUGUAUGACAUAACUAAAAGACAAACGUUUGAUCAUGUAGCUAGAUGGAUUGAGGAACUACGGUCACACGCCGACAACUCCAUCGUGAUCAUGCUAAUUGGUAACAAAGGUGAUCUUGUGGACCAAAGAGUGGUACACACAGAACAUGCUGUGGAGUUUGCAGAGGAUCAGGGCCUUUUUUUCUCAGAGACUUCAGCUUUGAGUGGUGAAAAUGUGAACUCUGCAUUUUUCAAAUUGCUUCAAGAGAUUAAUAAGGUUGUCUCAAAAAGGUCGUUGGAAUCUAAUAAUGGUAAGAACAAUAUUGCUACACUUAAAGGAUCAAAAAUAGAUAUAAUUUCAGGUCCUGAAUUAGAUAUUACUGAAAUGAAGGAAGUACCUUCAUGUUCUUGUUGAUCUAGCUUUUAUGUUGAGAGUCGAGAGAGAUGAGUGAAAAGUACAUAUGGUAAAAAAAAAAUAAAAAAAAAAAGUCAAACGUGAUCAGUAAUUAAUUUCAUCUGAACCUUGCUCAAAGUUGAAGAGCUUUUAGUUAUUUUGAUUGAAUUACAGCAAUGAAUUUUACAUAUCUGAA